AUGCAGAUGAUCUCCAAGGCCUCUUGUGCCAUGGCCUCCUUCCCUUGCUCUAAGGGGAGGAGUGGACUCUGUGUAUGGCCUGGCAUGAGACAGCUUUGCCUUCGAAAAGGCCUUUUGUAUGGAUUCAUGCAAUUAUUGUCUACACCAUUAAAAACUCUGCGUGGAGGAGCUAGUCGUUCGCUUAGAGUCGCUAAAUUUUGCAGUGUUGUUAAUAUGUCACCCUCAUUACAUAUUGAAUUGGUACCAUGUCUUAGAGAUAACUAUGCAUAUCUUUUACAUGAUGUGGACACUGGCACUGUUGGUGUUGUUGAUCCUUCUGAAGCCGUACCUAUUAUUGAUGCUUUGAGUAAGAAAAACCGAAAUCUGACAUACAUACUGAACACUCAUCAUCAUCAUGAUCAUACUGGUGGUAAUGCUGAGUUAAAAGCAAGGUACGGUGCAAAGGUGAUUGGUUCAGGAAUAGACAAGGAUAGAAUUCCUGGCAUUGACAUUGUUUUGAAUGAUGGAGAUAAGUGGAUGUUUGCUGGCCAUGAGGUGCAUGUUGUGGAGACUCCUGGUCAUACUAGAGGUCACAUUAGCUUCUACUUUCCUGGAUCAGGGGCAAUUUUUACAGGAGACACUUUGUUCAGCUUAUCAUGUGGCAAGUUGUUUGAAGGAACACCUGAGCAGAUGCAAUCUUCCCUUUCAAAGAUCAUGUCUUUGCCAGAUGAUACAGAUAUAUACUGUGGUCAUGAGUAUACAUUGAGUAACUCAAAGUUUGCCUUGUCUAUAGAACCUGAGAAUGAGGCACUUAAGUCCUAUGCGGCACAUGUCACCCAUCUUCGCAACAAGGGCAUGCCUACGGUUCCAACCACAUUAAAACUGGAAAAGGCGUGCAAUCCUUUUCUUCGCACUUCAAGCAUAGAGAUUCGGCAAUCAUUGAAUAUUCCAGCCACUGCAAAUGAUGCAGAAGCCUUGGGUGUCAUACGCCAGGCAAAGGAUACUUUUUGA